AUGCCGGCCGAUACCGCUGGAAAGAACACCACCAUUGACACACCCAAGGCCGCCGUCGCCUGGGAAGCCGGCAAAGACCUCUCCGUUGAAGACGUGGAGGUCGCACCGCCCAAGGCCCACGAGGUCCGCAUCCAGAUCUACUACACUGGUGUCUGCCACACAGAUGCGUACACACUCUCCGGCAAGGACCCAGAAGGCGCUUUCCCCAUCGUUCUCGGCCACGAGGGCGCCGGCAUCGUCGAGUCUGUUGGCGAGGGCGUUACGUCUGUGAAGGAAGGCGAUCAUGUCAUUGCGCUCUACACCCCCGAAUGCGGCGAAUGCAAGUUCUGCAAGUCUGGCAAGACGAACCUCUGCGGUAAAAUCCGCGCCACGCAGGGCCGCGGCGUGAUGCCGGACGGGACCUCGCGCUUCAAGUGCAAGGGCAAGGACCUGCUGCACUUCAUGGGAACAUCCACCUUCAGCCAAUACACGGUCGUGGCGGACAUCUCUGUCGUCGCCAUCACGGACAAGGCGCCCAUGGACCGGACCUGCCUGUUGGGCUGUGGCAUCACGACCGGCUACGGCGCUGCCGUCAUCACCGCGGGUCGUGGCGGGGGCGGCAUCGAGAAGGGGUCGAAUGUCGCGGUCUUCGGCGCCGGGUGCGUGGGGCUGAGCGUGGUGCAGGGAUGCGUGAAGAACGGGGCGAAGAAGAUCAUCGUGGUGGAUGUGAACGAUAGCAAGGAGGAGUGGGGGAAGAAGUUCGGCGCCACGGACUUUGUGAACCCGACCAAGAUUGGCGAUCAGAGCAUUCAGGAGAAGCUGAUUGAGAUGACGGAUGGUGGGUGUGAUUACACGUUUGAUUGCACCGGGAACGUGCAUGUGAUGAGGUCGGCGUUGGAGGCGUGCCAUAAGGGAUGGGGCGAGAGUAUCAUUAUUGGCGUGGCGGCGGCGGGCCAGGAAAUCAGCACGAGACCAUUCCAACUUGUCACCGGCCGCGUGUGGAAGGGCUGCGCCUUCGGCGGUGUCAAGGGCCGCACUCAGCUCCCUGAUCUCGUUGACGACUAUAUGAACAACAAGCUCAAGGUCAAUGAGUUCAUCACGCAUCGCCAGCCGCUGGCCAACAUCAACCAGGCUUUUAGCGACAUGAAGGCUGGUGAUUGCAUUCGGUGCGUUGUCAACAUGAAGGAAGAUUAG